UUCGUCCGAUAGUCGCCGCGGCAGUCGCACGCGCCGGCCGCGCACGCACGCGAACUUUACUCGACUCGACUCUCGUGAAUGAAGUGCUGUUUUUAAACGCCAGUUUUUAUUUCAAUACUUUCUUUUUACACACUUUAUCGGACAGUUUUGUUUUGUGUUGUUUUUGUUCUGUGACUUUGCACUUGGAGGUGUACGGUUUAUUUUCAACGUCUCCUGUUUACGUGCGCACACGCAGCCCGCGCCGCGCGAGCCAGCACGCCGGCUAUAAUGUGACCGGCGAACGACGCGCGUCUCCUUUCAAGGUGUUUGCAAUGUGGUAUAUGUGGACGGCAUUACUGGUGUCGUGCGCAGUGGUGGCGGCCGAGGCCGAGGCCGAGGUGCGGGCGGGGGCGCAGGCUACCACUCGCGCGCCGCACCGAACCCUGGACAGGCAGGCGGCGGAGCUCGCCUGGCGUUCUUGGCUGCAGAGCCCCGAGAGCGGCAACCAGAACGCGCCGCCGCGACGCAUCACCACCAAGUCACUCUUCAUCACACCCCUUGUCUGCCCGAAAGGACAACGACUCGACAGCAAUGGCUGUGUACAGGUGGUGACGGUGAACCAAGAUGAACACGAACGUAUUCUGCUGGAGCAGCUGAACGCCCUGUUCACUUCACCUCCGAGCGGAGACGUGGUGUACGACUAUGGGGACGAGGAGCCGGGGCCAUUGCAGUUGUCUAUCCCUAUUGGCAACAUGGAGCCCCAAGCUGCGCCCCUGCAGGCUCAGGAGCCAUCCGCACAGGCUCAAGAGCAGCAACCAAGCUACGUCAAAGUUGACAAGAAAGACGAAACUAAACCUGACCCCGCGGCUGGCCUAGUGGCAGAACUAGAGCUGCUGCAACUACAGCACUCGCAGAACUCACACAAUGAGACCGCUUCAGCUGAAGCCAUAGACAUUCUGAACCACAACGUCCUGCAAGCACUGGACAAACCCAAACGUGACAGCCCUGACACUAACUCCACUGAAAUUAGUAGCGAAAGCUAUGAAGGACAAAAAGAACAAGUGUAUGGACACGUGAACGUUGAUCCUGUACUGUACGACACAGACAUCCAGACUGAACAACCGACAACGACAGAGGGUGAUACUGAAGCACCAACUAAAAUGACAGCUAUCGAAAUUAACGAUAAACUUGGUAACAUCGACGUUAGUAACAGCACGUCAACUGAAAAUCAGUUGGACAACUCUAACACAGUACUAAUAGCCACUAAUGGUACCAAAAAUGUUAAUUCAACAAACAUUUUGAAGAAGGAUGGAGACCAAAUGAAACUCAAUCCAGAAAACGAUUAUGCAGAUAUCGGAGAGGCUAUCAAACUUAUAAGCCGAUAUGCUGAAGUAACAACUGAUGACAGCUUCAGUAAAGACCAAAAGAAAUACGCAGCGAAGGAUGACAGUAUCCUUGGAACAAGAACCAAACUUCAAUAUCGGCGCAAUAAGCCGAAACCCGCUGAAACGCCUCAAGAGCCUUUGCCGGUUCUAACACCUUUAAUAUAUGUCAAAGAAAAAAAACCCAUAGAAGAUGAUGACAUGUCGUAUCCUAAAGAGGACCUUUACUACAGAUAUCCAUGGCAGGGACAACACUCGCCGACUCCGCCGCCUAACUAUCCAUUCCGUCACAUUCAGGACUACUGGCCAGGUCGGAACCAAGUUGGGGGUGUCUACAAUACGGCUCAUGAGAAUCCGAGGAGGCAUCAUCACACGUUUCCUCAUAGCUACUACAGGCCUCACAGCUUACAGUACGCGAGCUUCCCGGGCCCACAUCCGGUCGUGCAGAAUUCUUACGCCGGGCCACUGCAGCCAAGCGCUCGCCGAAUGGCCCCGCCGCCGCACCACGCUCGUCCUAUGAGAUCUCAUACCACCAACCAAGACCUCUACACCCUCCUAGGUCUGAGGCACUGGUUCAGCAGUGAAGGCACGUCGAAAAGAUAGUCUGUUUACCCCAGACUUUAGACAAUUCGAUGUUACCCGACAAUGUAUAGUGGAAGCUAUGGAAAAAUAGACAUGUUGCUACCGAGAUUUUAACUAAACUUACGUCUAAUUUUUAGCGAACACAUUGAUCUAGUUAGCACCUUUCUCCAACAACUAGUUUCGCUGUCGUUUCUGUCCAUAGCUUUCAAUAUAUUAGCCUAUUUAUUUCAAAGCCAAAUAUUACAGUCAUAGUUAAGUUAAACUUUCGUUAGCUGUUUAGAUUCUUGUAAAUACGCCUAUUUAAUUUAAGUGUUUUAUGUUGCUACAGGAAGCUUUUCACAUAGUAUUAUCGUUGUUUAUGUGGUGUUGAAUGUAAAUUGUUUCAUUAUUAUUAUUGUGUUUAUUGGAUCGAUGUAUAUUUUUAUAUUUCUUCGUGAUUGUAGGUAGACUAAAUGUUCGAUGUUCCGACGUAGCGUAAUGCAAAACUAAACUUUAUUUGUUUGUAGGCCUGUUACAUAUGGCGCUGGCUUGCCACCAGAUUUAAUACUUACUUUAGAGUUAUUGGACCCUAUAAGUCGAUGUUUAUGUUUAUAAAUGUGUGUAGAUAUAUAAUGUAGGCAUUUUUUCAUUAGUUGAAGACAAUAACCAAAACUUCGGACAUUGAAAACCCACCUUAAACAGCUAUAUGUAAUGAUAACAGAAAUUCAUUUAAAAUAAGUUGAUUAGAGCCGAAACUUGCCUUACACAUGUUUACUCAAGAACAAAAUGAAAUAUUAUAUUAUAUUGCCUUAAUUUUUCUACACGAUAUACAAUGCAAGUAAAUACAAUACUGCAGUUUUCGUUCUCUGCAAAAACAAAAUCCAACAUUUACCGAACUAUAAUAAAUAACACAUAACGAUCCCACCAAAGUUUAGAUUAAGUUAUUAGUUUGUCAAAUAUAUCGAUUAAUAGUUGAUAUGUAGCAUGUAAACAAAUGUAUUUUUUAACUCACAAAAUAGAUAUAGUACUUAUCCUAUUUAUGGCUUUAGAAAAUCAAUUCAUCAUAAUUGUAUGGCAUUUAUUACUAUUGAACAUAAAUAAUGCCUUAAUAUUACUUUAAUUUUUUCAACUGUUACAAAUUCAUAUCAAAAUUAAAUUCCCCAGUGUACUGUAAAAUUGAACGAAAAGAAAUAAAGUAACUUUAAUAUCAAAUUCUAAUUCGAAUAUUCAUAAACUGUUUUCACGCGUUAAAAAUAUACACGCAAUUCGUGCGUUAUUCAAAAAAACAUAUUUCAAAUAAUAUAUUUCUUACAACUUUAAAAUAUAUCGAAAUUUUACUGUACAAAAUAGUAUAAGUACUUUAGAAUAUCUCGUUUGUCAAACUGAAGAAUUUAGCUUACUUACUGCUAAUUAAUAAAUGGAAAUAUUAACAUUGUCAA